AUGAGCAACAUCAUUCAACACGUUCGUCCGUUUGCUCCUUAUGCUGUAAUCCCGGCUGGCAUUUUUGCUAUUUACAAGCUUCUAAAUUGGUUUAUUCCCGGCCCACAUCAUCAUCGCAAAUUGACAUUUAAAGACAAGACUGUUCUCAUUACCGGAGCCAGUUCAGGUCUGGGAAGACAAUUAGCUUUUGAUUUGUACAAAAAAGGAGCAAAACUUAUUUUGGUAGCCAGAAGUAUAGACAAGCUGAAGAAAUUAUGUGAAGAAUUGAAGACUAGCCACCCUGACAACCCACAUGAGCCUGAAUAUGAAUAUUUGGAUAUUGCUGAUACAACAAUCGAUGUGACAAAUCUUAGAAAACGAGCUAUUGAUGGACAAACCAUUGAUAUUUUAAUUAACAACGCAGGAAUUUCCAUGAGAGGACGUAUAGAUGAGACACCAAUUAGCAUUCAUAAGCAAGUGAUGGAUGUGAACUACUUUGGUCAAAUAGAUGUUACUAUGCAGCUUCUUCCGUACAUUCCUGAUGAUGGCUGCAUUAUAGUAAUCAGCAGUGUACAAGGAAAGAUUCCUGUUCCCUACCGAAGUUCUUACGCGGCCAGUAAACAUGCGUUGCAGGCAUUUUUUGAUACUUUACGGUCUGAGUCGCGACCAAAACUACAUAUUUUGGUUGUAUCAGCUGGUUAUAUGAAUACCGGCUUUGGAUCACGAGCUCUUGAUGUUGAUGGAAAACCUACUGGACAAGAAGAUGAGAAUCAGUUGAAGGUUAGUCAAUGUGAAUUACUUAUAAGCUGGAAAUUGAGGAAGAAAAACAUAAUAUAG